AUGACAAACAGUGAGGGAAGUCGCGCUUCACAGAGGAGAAUGGUUGAGGGUGAAUCAAGCAAUGCAAGGGAAAGAAGGCUUAAGAUGCAAGCCGAUUUGGGGAUGACUCAAAGAUGGAAGAGUCUGAUGCAGAGGAGUAUGUGUACUCUGAGGAAGAGUCUGAGAGAGAGAUUGAGGGAGGAAAGGAGAACCAAGAAGAGGAAUGACCCCAUUAGUAGUGAGAGUGAGCAAGGGGAGUUUGAGAUUGGAGUGAACCUUGUUCAAGAGGAGGGAAAUGGCUCUCCAAGUGAAGAAGGAAGUGAUGAGACUGAGAGUGAAGAGGAAGGAGAAGAGGUGAAUCAGUUGGUUGAAGAGAGUGAGCAAGAGAGUAACCAAGAUGAACCUAUGGAGGAGGUUGAGCCACAAGAGGAGGAAGAAGAACUCCCUAUGUACCAAGAGCACUACAAUGCUCUCUUCUCCAUGGACUUUGUGGAGACCAAGUACCCACAUGUUGACACAAUGAAGGCCCUUGGAAUCUUUGAAGAUGUGGAGCUAGUUCUCAAGAACAUGCACUUGGCCAAGUUUUCUCUAUCACAUGGAAUCCUACAAGGAGCUCACUUGCGAGUUCUUAGCUUCAAUGAGGCAGUUGGAGAUCUUGUUUGGGUUCAACUAUGGAGAAGGUCCAAGGCUGCUCAAAUCAGGAGCCCAGUGUUGAGGUAUGUGCACAAGGCACUUGCCAACACCUUCUUUGCAAGGAAGGCAACCGGGACCAUCAACGAGGGGGAACUCAAGUUUCUUGACAUGGGAAUCAAGCCCAUCUCUCACGCACAAGCGAUGGCAAGAGGAUCAGGGGAGAUAGAUCCAACACAGGGAACUUGA